GGUGGCGGCCGCCGACUCGGCGCUAUCCGACCCGGGCGGCCGUGGCCGACUCCCCGCGGCAUGAGCCGGUGAGCGAGCGCGGGGCCGAGCAGGAGGCAGCCGUGGCCGAGGAGUGUGAGGAAGAGGCUGUCUGUGUCAUUAUGUGCGCGUCGGUCAAGUAUAAUAUCCGGGGUCCUGCCCUCAUCCCAAGAAUGAAGACCAAGCACCGAAUCUACUACAUCACCCUCUUUUCCAUUGUCCUCCUGGGCCUCAUUGCCACUGGCGUGUUUCAGUUCUGGCCCCAUUCCAUCGAGUCCUCGAGUGACUGGAAUGCAGAGAAACGCAGUGUCCGCGAUGUGCCCGUGGUCAGGCUGCCGGCUGAUAGUCCCAUCCCAGAGCGGGGGGAUCUCAGUUGCAGAAUGCACACGUGUUUUGAUGUCUACCGCUGUGGCUUCAACCCAAAGAACAAAAUAAAGGUGUAUAUCUAUUCUCUGAAAAAGUAUGUGGAUGACUUUGGUGUCCCGGUCAGCAACACCAUCUCCCGGGAGUAUAAUGAACUGCUCACGGCCAUCUCAGACAGUGACUACUACACUGAUGACAUCAACCGGGCCUGUCUGUUUGUUCCCUCCAUCGAUGUGCUUAACCAGAACACACUGCGCAUCAAGGAGACAGCGCAAGCAUUGGCCCAGCUCUCUAGGUGGGAUCGAGGUACAAAUCACCUGCUGUUCAACAUGUUGCCUGGAGGUCCCCCAGAUUAUAACACGGCCCUGGAUGUCCCCAGAGACAGGGCCCUGUUGGCUGGUGGCGGCUUUUCUACAUGGACUUACCGGCAAGGCUACGAUGUCAGCAUUCCUGUCUAUAGUCCACUGUCAGCUGAGGUGGAUCUUCCAGAGAAGGGACCAGGUCCUCGGCGACACUUCCUCCUGUCAUCUCAGAUGGGUCUCCAUCCUGAGUACAGAGAGGACCUAGAAGCCCUCCAGGCCAAGCAUGGAGAGUCAGUGUUGGUGCUCGAUAAGUGCACCAACCUCUCAGAGGGCGUCCUGUCUGUGCGUAAGCGCUGCUGCAAGCACCAGGUCUUCGAUUACCCCCAGGUGCUGCAGGAGGCUACUUUCUGUGUGGUCCUUCGUGGGGCUCGGCUGGGCCAGGUGGUACUGAGUGAUGUGUUACAGGCUGGCUGUGUCCCAGUUGUCAUUGCAGACUCCUAUGUUUUGCCUUUCUCUGAAGUUCUUGACUGGAAGAGAGCUUCUGUGGUUGUACCAGAAGAAAAGAUGUCAGAUGUGUACAGUAUUUUGCAGAGCAUCCCCCAGAGACAGAUCGAGGAAAUGCAGAGACAGGCACGGUGGUUCUGGGAAGCAUACUUCCAGUCAAUUAAAGCCAUUGCUCUGGCUACCCUGCAGAUUAUCAAUGACCGGAUCUAUCCAUACGCUGCCAUCUCCUAUGAAGAAUGGAAUGACCCUCCUGCUGUGAAGUGGAGCAGUGUGAGCAACCCACUGUUCCUCCCGCUGAUCCCACCACAGUCUCAAGGGUUCACCGCCAUCGUCCUCACCUAUGACCGAGUGGAGAGCCUCUUCCGGGUCAUCACUGAAGUGUCCAAGGUGCCCAGUCUAUCCAAGCUGCUAGUCGUCUGGAAUAAUCAGAAUAAAAACCCUCCAGAAGAUUCUCUUUGGCCCAAAAUCCGGGUUCCACUAAAAGUUGUGAGGACUGCUGAAAACAAGUUGAGUAACCGUUUCUUCCCGUAUGAUGAAAUUGAGACAGAGGCUGUGCUGGCCAUUGACGAUGACAUCAUUAUGCUGACCUCUGAUGAGCUGCAGUUUGGUUAUGAGGUCUGGCGGGAAUUUCCUGACCGGUUGGUGGGUUACCCAGGUCGUCUGCAUCUCUGGGACCACGAGAUGAGUAAGUGGAAGUAUGAGUCUGAGUGGACGAAUGAGGUGUCCAUGGUGCUCACAGGAGCAGCUUUUUAUCACAAGUAUUUUAAUUACCUGUAUACCUACAAAAUGCCUGGGGAUAUCAAGAACUGGGUGGAUGCUCAUAUGAAUUGUGAAGACAUUGCCAUGAAUUUCCUGGUGGCCAACGUCACAGGGAAAGCAGUCAUCAAGGUAACUCCACGAAAGAAAUUCAAGUGUCCUGAGUGUACAGCCAUUGAUGGACUUUCACUAGACCAGACACACAUGGUGGAGAGGUCUGAGUGCAUCAACAAGUUUGCUUCAGUCUUUGGGACCAUGCCUCUCAAGGUGGUGGAGCACCGAGCCGAUCCUGUCCUGUACAAAGACGACUUUCCUGAGAAACUGAAGAGCUUCCCCAACAUUGGCAGCUUAUGAAACGUGCUGUUGUUGGAGGUCUGAACGUGAGGCUUAGACAGAGGGAGGGAACGAGACCUCCCAACACUCUGAUACCAGGGUAGGGGUUUAAGGUGGAAGGUGGCCUCCUGGGCCUUGGCAUGUACCCACCUAACCUACUUUCUCAAGAGCAGGAACCUAGAAAGAAUAUCUAAGCCCCUUGAGCUGUGCAGCCUCUGUUCUUGUGUUUCUUAGAAUCUCCGAUAAUGGAAGCCCUUGUGGCAUCCUCCAGAUGUAAAUCCAGCUCAGGCUCCCUUUGUUUUCAGUUCCAGUAUAACAAUCGGAAAGGAAACGUCACCGACUGUAAGACUGCUGGAGAAGAGAAACCUCUUGACUCCUUUUAGAGUCAGAGACUCAUGUAAAAGGUACCAUACCUCACUUUUAUUUCACAUCACUAAGUUUUUUAGAGAAACAACCAAGCCCAGAAUUUGGUGCAAAAUCCAAACAUCUUGGUGGGAUUUGAUAGAAGCCUUAGAACACAGGGUGCUGAGCUCGUGCAGAGGAAGAGCACCGACUGCUGACUCAGGAUCUGUCAGUUCCGUGAACUAGUCCUCAUUGGCUUGGCCUUUUGAUAUGAUUAAAAUUAUUUUUUAUUCCUUUU